AUGGUUGGUAAUAAUACGGAAGCAGGAAUGGCGAAGUUUCUGGAGUUAAAGGCAGCUUUCGAGGACGUGUAUGAGGACACGACAAAGUUUUUCGAGAAAGGGAACAAGGCCGCAGCCGUUCGUGCUCGUAAGAAGCUUUUAAGGUUGCGAGAAAUUGCACAAGAAAUGCGUGUUCUCAUUCAGCAGACGAAGGCGCAGCUAGAGCAGGAGCACAAAACCGCUCGAACCAGCGGCGGGGGUGGCGGUUUGGGCGCAGACAACCAAGUGUCCAUGGGAGAGUGA